UCUAUCUCACAGUUGGAGUUCGGAAUAAGAUUUUUGUAAACUUUUAUAAGCUUUCAGUACAGAAAGAAGUUGUCCAUCUGCACUGAGUAGUAGUUUCAGCCUUUAGCCUCUGUGGGGCAGCGCUGUACACCCACAAGGGGGCAGAUUCUGUCCUAAAGUCUGACAUUUCUUGGAGUGGAGUGUGGAGGAUGAUGAUGCUCUCCCUUCUCUUUGAUUUCACUCUACCUUUGUUUCCUUUUCUAAGCGCCGACGUCAUCAAGCCGGCAGCCCGCUGCCACCUCGGCUGAUCAAAACCAGCAUGUUUCCUGCUGAGCACCGGGGUGGGGCUCAAUGCUGGGGGAGUUCAGAGGGGCUGCAGCCAUUGCAGGAGGAAUCCGCCUGCGGGUGAGCUCUAACUGGGGGUUUAUGGGGAAAAUGCUCCAGAAUCCAUUUGGUAUUUUGCUUCUUCAUGGUUGUUGUUUGAGAAUUACUGAUAAAAAACAUUAUCAGCUUAAAGAACAAGCAAAAAUCCAACAUUAGACUUUAAAGAUAAAGCAAAUGUGUCUGUGUGGAUGAAGGGAAAGUGGAAUCAUGUUUUGUCACAUUGAAGUUUAAUAUUUAAUAAAUUAAAAUCAGAUGUUUGAUUUUAAAAUGCUUUUAUUGUUGUUGUUUAUAGUAAUAUAAUGGAGGAGCAACAGUUUCUGAAGCAUUAAUUCAAAAAUAUUAAUUUCUUUGAUAGUUUGAGUUUAUUAAGUUUACUUUUAUAGGUAUUGAAAGUGUUUGUCCUCCUAAACUCACAUUCAACAGGUGUUUUUCUCUGAUUUAUUUAAGGACUUGAUGCAGCUUCUUUCUUUAUCAUCCUAUUCUCCACAGCUGCAUUUUUUUUUUAUUUGAAAUUCCGAUUGAAAUAAGCCUCGAAUGACCUCUGGCUGGUGAUCGUUCUGAUGCUGCUGUGUUGCCAGGGUAACCACCAGUAUGGCCGGCUCCUGGAGGUCCAAGCAUCAUUCACGCCUCGCUCUUCUGACCACGCUUUCUGCAGUUUCCCUUCUUUUUCUCCUCAGUCGAGCGUUUAGACUGGAGCAUGAAGCAGACCGACACAAAAGAGACUUUCCUGAUCCCUCAGAUACGCCGGCGGUGCAGAUCGAUCCGGCCGCCAUCGACCUCACCUCCCUCGUCAAUACUUUAAUAAAUUCAAGCCAGACAGGAUCCCAGCAGCUCUUCUCUCUGCUCAGCGUCACGUCCUACAGCUCUCUGGCUCUACACAAACUCACCCUGCUGGUCUACAACAUCUCCAGCCUCAGAGGCGUGGACAGCGGCGUGUUCAGGAGGAGGUUCUGCUACUGUGUCACUAACCAGACCAGCGAUCUAACAGACUUCACCGCUGUACUUUUGGAUGUGAUGGGGAACUCCACCAGUCACCUGCAAGAACUCUUCAAGUCUUCCUCCUUUUUGUCAGUAAGUCAGAGGAACGACUCGGACUGCAUCUUCAUCUGUGUGAUGGCGGGGAAGACGGGCAGAGACAUUCCUGAUCUGUGGAGAGACGGCUCCAUCACUCCCCUCUUCAACCAGACUAUUGUUGAAAGUCCACACACAGUAGCCAACAUGUCCUCCUUGGAGCUUCCUGCUGAAUGGAACCAGCAGUCCAUCAAUCUGAGUCACGCGGCUCCAUCUGGGAUGAGCUCCACGCUGAUCAGCAGGGACGCUUCAACUGUAACUCUGGAGCAAAAAGUGGCACUAAAUGAGGUCACAGCAGGACGACCUCCCACCACCUUCGUGCCUCAAACUCCAACAGCUGGAAGACAGGUGACGCCACGGACGACUCAAAGGUUCAGCACGCCAUCAGGGGGGACGGAGACUUCAGCUUCACCUCCUAGAACAACGACGGCGACAUCAACAUCAGACUCGACUCCUCUGAGAACACACUCUUCCUCCUCCUCUUCCACUGCCCCAGUACCAGGACCUACAUCUGCAGCCUCCUCCCAGCUCCCCUCAGAAGCACACACAGCAGCUUCCGGUCCCUCUCUGCUGACAGCAGCAGCAACGAGGACAGCGGCUCCACAAACCUCUGCUGCUGCUGCAACCAGAUUCCCACCCAUCCAGCCCACAGCCUCUUCCUCUGCCUCCAGGAGGAGCACUGGCAGGAGAGCGACAGCACCCAACACACUGGUGCAAACAGAGGAAGCAGGUUGUCCCUGGAGAAGGCCAGCGCCAAACAGCGAGUCCCACCCCAGCAGCACCACGGCGGUCGGCGUCCACAAGCUGCAGCCCUGCAUCUUUGAGCUCUGCAAGUUCUUCUCUCAGUGUCUGUGCAGCCAGAGAACGCACACGAAAAGGUUCUGUUCUGACAGCCAUCUCUGGUACGAGGAGCACACAGCCGAGGUUUGUCGUCGCGUUCGGAGAAUCUCCUUCUCCAGAAAUCUGAAGCAGAGAUGCCUGACCAAGAUGUGCAGCAAACUGUGACGCACGGGAACAAGGAGCUGUUCAUCGCCGCAGGAAGUGAGCGAAGCCGCCAAGACGGACCUCUGGAGCAACUUGUGGACACGGUGGUGACAGCUCCCAAACAUAAAAAGACUCGUUCUAAAUCUCUGCCAGAUUUCAGUUUUUAUUCAAUAAUCCAAAAACAAAUGUGGAUUUAGUUUUUCAAAUUAAAAGUUGUGCUGUAAAAGUGACCUUUAACCCCUUAGAGCUGAUUAUAAAAGAGUUUUAUUUGUUGUUGGUGCUUCUCCUGUACAUUCUUAAGAACAGUAAACACAUCCACAGAUUCUAUUCUGUGGGUUUUUCUGUUAUUUCAUGUCUUCAGAUCAGUUUUGAGGGUUUUUGGUAAAGCAUUAAAAAUGGCCAAAAAUAUAAAACUUAGAAACAUAUUUUGGUUUGAAACAUAGAAACAAAGUCGAUGUGCAUUUUUACACAUUUCUCUUUUAGCUGCAUUUCCCUGUGAGGUCACACUCACAGGUGACCCACAGCAUCAUCAGAGCUGCAGGAAGAGACUGAGCGGUGGAUUUUCAAAGUAAAACUACAGCUUUACUAGUAGAGACAAAUUGUUAGGAAAAAAUCCAUGGAGUUUUUUUGGGACGAUAAAUAUUUGAAACUCAAAUAAAACAUUUUGAAAAAAAUAUUGGUUUGUUUUUCAGGUUU